UGAAAAACUGCAAAAAAAACGACAUGACGUGGAGUAAAAAUGGAUAGCGACCGUUAUACUAGUGAAAAACAUUUUACUGACAUCUCCAGCUUGGUUUUUUAAGUAAUCGUGUCAUGAGUUUUGUAAUCAUCUUUUUGGCGUUUUUCUGGCUAAGUGUAGUAGUCGCAAAUAAAGAUCAUGUAUCCUUGAUAUUCGUGGGAGAUAUUUAUUUCGCUGGACCGGUCAAAUAUUACGUGGAACAUAAGCAUAACACAUACAAUGAUUCUUUCAACGAAGUGGCUCCAUACAUCAGAGAGGCUGAUAUUUCUGUGUGUAAUUUGGAAUCUCCAUUUGUCAACGAAGAUGUUUAUACUCACAAGUACAAGGGUGAAAAGUCGGUUUUACUCAAUUCUAACAAGGAUGCUGCAUCAGCGCUGAGGUUUGCAGGAUUUAAUGCCAUAACACUCGCUAACAAUCAUUUGAACGAUUUUGGUGCUGAAGGAGCUAAUUUUACUGCGGAAGUCCUUAAAGAGAUUGGGAUACCAUACUUUGGUAUAAGUUUUGGCGACUAUCUUUCUUCUCAGGAACCUCUCAUUAUAAAAAGAAAAGGAAUCGCUUUCGGAUUUCUUGGUUACUGUGACUCGCCAUCAGUUUUUAAAAACUGUUCUCAAAUGAGAAUGUUGUUUACUUCUGGUCCUGCCAUUUAUCGAGAUGACGUUGCCACAAGGGACAUUAACGAGUUAAAGGCUAAAGUUGACGUCAUAGUUGUCCUGAUGCAUUAUGGGGAAGAAACUUAUUUAAGACCGAUCCCCUACCAGCUUCAUAUAAACAAACACCUGAUGUCUCUUGGCGUGGAUAUAAUCAUUGGAGCCCACCCACACGUGGUACAGGGACAUUGUGUCAAUCAUAACAAGCUAAUUGAAGACAGCUUGGGGAAUUUCCUGUUUCAUCCAGUCCCUUAUAAAAGGGGCAGCAAUCCAGAAAGGCGUGGUUGGUGCAACAUAUUUGCCUCUGAAAGUCAAGCUGGAUCACAAAACCAAGCGCCUACACCCAGAACCUGUAAAGAACUCUAAAUGGAUCCAUGUAUGUGGAGAUGAGGAUGUUAAAUGCCAAUGUCGCAACGAGAUCAUUGCAACCAGAAAAGCAGUGAAAAAGCGCCUCAGAUGAUUAUUCAUUGAGUUUUAUUUCCUUCGCAUGAUUGGAAAGGUUGCAUUUUCAACGUCGAUUUCAAAGAACAUAGAGAAUUUUACUACUUUAUCAUUUAAAAUGUUGUGUUGUACAAGGUUUUCCACCCCUCAGAAAAAGCCUUAACUUUUCGCGUGUAAUAUUACGAUAAUUUUCUACUCGCCAAUCAGCUGCUGACACAUCACUCGCUUUUCGCGUCACUCAUUCAUUAACAAAGUCGACCCUUCUUGUUUGUAAAAGCCUAUGGUGUUUGUAUUAAGAAAACAUGGUGGCUGUAGAUGUGGAAUUUCUCUUCUCGAGUUCAACUCGAUCGAUAUCCCAAGAAUGGGCGCAUAUCUACACGUCCAUUUAUUAUUCGCUAUUUAUUGUACACCAAUUAAUCACACGAACCUUCGUGUGUCAAAAUCUGA